GGGCGGGCUCGGCUCUCCCGGGGAGCGGCCCGGGACUGCACCCGGACCGGCGCCUCCCCGCUCCGCGCUGCCCUCGGCCUCGCCCCGGGCCCGGGCGGAUGAGCCGCGCGCCCGGGGGACAUGGAAGCGCUGACGCUGUGGCUUCUCCCCUGGAUAUGCCAGUGCGUGUCAGUGCGGGCGGACUCCAUCAUCCACAUCGGUGCCAUCUUCGAGGAGAACGCGGCCAAGGACGACAGGGUGUUCCAGCUGGCCGUAUCCGACCUAAGCCUGAACGAUGACAUCCUGCAGAGCGAGAAGAUCACCUACUCUAUCAAGGUCAUCGAGGCCAACAAUCCUUUCCAGGCCGUGCAGGAAGCCUGUGACCUCAUGACCCAGGGGAUUUUGGCCUUGGUCACGUCUACUGGCUGUGCGUCUGCCAAUGCCCUGCAGUCCCUCACAGAUGCGAUGCACAUCCCACACCUCUUCGUCCAGCGCAACCCAGGGGGGUCUCCGCGUACUGCCUGCCACCUGAACCCCAGCCCAGAUGGCGAGGCCUACACACUGGCCUCCAGACCGCCUGUGCGCCUCAACGAUGUCAUGCUCAGGCUGGUGACAGAGCUGCGCUGGCAGAAGUUCGUCAUGUUCUACGAUAGCGAGUAUGAUAUCCGUGGGCUCCAAAGCUUUCUGGACCAGGCCUCGCGGCUGGGCCUUGACGUCUCUUUACAAAAGGUGGACAAGAAUAUUAGCCACGUGUUCACCAGCCUCUUCACUACGAUGAAGACGGAGGAGCUGAACCGCUACCGGGACACGCUGCGCCGCGCCAUCCUGCUGCUCAGCCCGCAGGGGGCCCAUUCCUUCAUCAACGAGGCCGUGGAGACAAACCUGGCUUCCAAGGACAGCCACUGGGUCUUUGUGAAUGAGGAAAUCAGUGACCCAGAGAUCCUGGAUCUGGUCCACAGCGCCCUCGGCAGGAUGACUGUGGUCCGACAGAUCUUCCCAUCUGCAAAGGACAACCAGAAAUGCAUGAGGAACAACCACCGCAUCUCCUCGCUGCUCUGCGACCCCCAGGAAGGCUACCUCCAGAUGCUGCAGAUCUCCAACCUCUACCUGUACGACAGCGUUCUGAUGCUGGCCAACGCCUUCCACAGGAAGCUGGAGGACCGGAAGUGGCACAGCAUGGCCAGCCUCAACUGCAUCCGCAAGUCCACCAAGCCAUGGAAUGGAGGGAGGUCCAUGCUGGACACCAUCAAAAAGGGCCACAUCACUGGCCUCACAGGGGUGAUGGAGUUUCGGGAGGACAGCUCGAACCCCUACGUGCAGUUUGAAAUCCUGGGCACGACCUAUAGUGAGACCUUUGGCAAAGACAUGCGGAAGCUGGCGACGUGGGACUCAGAGAAGGGUCUGAAUGGCAGCCUGCAGGAGAGGCCCAUGGGCAGCCGCCUCCAAGGACUGACUCUCAAAGUGGUGACUGUCUUGGAAGAGCCUUUCGUGAUGGUGGCUGAGAACAUCCUUGGUCAGCCCAAGCGCUACAAAGGGUUCUCCAUUGAUGUCCUGGAUGCACUGGCCAAGGCUCUGGGCUUCAAAUAUGAGAUUUACCAGGCCCCUGAUGGCAGGUACGGUCACCAGCUCCAUAACACCUCCUGGAACGGGAUGAUCGGGGAGCUCAUCAGCAAGAGGGCAGACCUGGCCAUCUCCGCCAUCACCAUCACCCCGGAGCGCGAGAGCGUGGUGGACUUCAGCAAGCGCUACAUGGACUACUCGGUGGGGAUCCUCCUCAAGAAGCCAGAGGAGAAAAUCAGCAUCUUCUCCCUUUUUGCUCCGUUUGACUUUGCCGUCUGGGCCUGCAUCGCAGCAGCCAUCCCGGUGGUUGGCGUGCUGAUAUUCGUGUUGAACCGGAUUCAGGCUGUGCGGGCCCAGACUGCCGCCCAGCCCCGACCCUCGACUUCUGCCACCUUACACAGUGCCAUCUGGAUCGUCUAUGGAGCCUUCGUACAGCAAGGUGGUGAGUCCUCAGUGAACUCCAUGGCCAUGCGCAUCGUGAUGGGCAGCUGGUGGCUCUUUACCCUCAUCGUGUGCUCCUCCUACACAGCCAAUCUUGCUGCCUUCCUCACAGUGUCCAGGAUGGACAACCCCAUAAGGACAUUCCAGGACCUGUCCAAACAAGUGGAAGUGUCUUACGGCACCGUCCGGGAUUCCGCUGUGUACGAGUACUUCCGAGCCAAGGGCACCAACCCUCUGGAGCAAGACAGCACGUUUGCGGAGCUCUGGCGGACCAUCAGCAAGAACGGAGGGGCCGACAACUGCGUGUCCAGUCCCUCGGAAGGCAUCAGGAAGGCAAAGAAGGGGAACUACGCCUUUCUGUGGGACGUGGCCGUGGUGGAGUACGCAGCCCUGACAGAUGACGACUGCUCCGUGACGGUCAUCGGCAACAGUGUCAGCAGCAAGGGCUAUGGGAUCGCCCUGCAGCACGGCAGCCCCUACAGGGACCUCUUCUCCCAGAGGAUCCUGGAACUUCAGGACACCGGGGACCUGGAUGUGCUCAAGCAGAAGUGGUGGCCGCACACGGGCCGCUGCGACCUCACCAGCCACACCAGCGCCCAGGCUGAUGGCAAAUCCCUUAAGCUGCACAGCUUCGCCGGGGUCUUCUGCAUCCUGGCCAUCGGCCUCCUCCUCGCCUGCCUGGUGGCCGCCCUGGAGUUGUGGUGGAACAGCAACCGGUGCCACCAGGAGACCCCCAAAGAGGACAAAGAAGUGAAUCUGGAGCAGGUGCAUCGGCGUAUGAACAGCCUCAUGGAUGAAGACAUCGCUCACAAGCAGAUUUCCCCAGCGUCCAUUGAGCUCUCGGCCCUGGAGAUGGGGGGCCUGGCCCCCAGCCAGGCCUUGGAGCCGACGCGGGAGUACCAGAACACGCAGCUGUCGGUCAGCACCUUUCUGCCCGAGCAAAGCAGCCACGGCACCAGCCGGACACUCUCGUCGGGGCCCGGCAGCAACCUGCCUCUGCCCCUGAGCAGCUCGGCCACCAUGCCCUCCAUGCAGUGCAAACACAGGUCGCCCAACGGGGGGCUGUUCCGCCAGAGCCCCGUGAAGACCCCCAUCCCCAUGUCCUUCCAGCCGGUGCCCGGAGGCGUCCUUCCAGAGGCCCUGGACACCUCCCACGGCACCUCCAUCUGACCGCGCCGCCUGCCCUCCCGCCCGCCCGCCCGUCCACCCACCCGACCAGCAGAGCUUUUUAAUACCGGAAAAUGACGACACAGACCACACACACACCGACACAUGCACACGUACACACAGACACAGAGACUCUUUCAUUUUUCUUGUAUAUACGUGUAAAUAAUGACAGAAUGGAGUGGGGUAAAAGUGUAUUUUGAAUAUUCCCAAUUUUCGAAGUCAGUAAAAAAAAAAACAAAAACAAAAACUGUAUGAAUGACUUUGUAAAUUUUGUUCUAUAUGAAUAAAAAGGCAAAUUACUUGUGAUCAUUCUGAAGUGCCAAAGAAGCCCCCCCCUGUUCCCGGGCCUUUCUGAGGACGAGGGCAGGAGGGGCCGUCAAAGAAGGAGCCCCUCUGGCUGAUGGGGCUGGGGAGGUGAGCAGCCAGUCCCUGUGCAGGAGCCCCUGGUGCUGCCUGCUGCCCAGGAAAACGGUUGGUUUCCCGCCCUGCUCCUCUGCUCCUGGCCCUUUGUUCCUCUCAGUCCUCUGGGUAGAUAAAGGGUGAGCCUCGAGCCCGCCUCGGCCUGGCCCCUGGGUCGCUGUGCUGUAAGGUGAUCAGCUCUGCCCGUCAGCCUGAGACCGAGGAGGCUCCCAGGACCCAGGGCGGUGCUGUGGGUCCCCCCACUGCGUGCCGCUGUGUUCCACUGGCCCAAGAGAAGCAUCCAGGCUGAGGCCACCAUCUCUGAGGGCUCUGAGGCUGAUGUGCUCUAGUUAUGCUGUUGGCCUUGUUUUUUUUUUUUACUUUUUUUCCCCCUAAUUAGAAGAAUCAACAAGUAAUUGACUAUGGGAGAAGAAGGGUAGGUCCCCCUCAUUGCCUCGGGGAGGCUGGGCAGAGGUGGGCUUGGCUUUGUCCAUAAGGAUGGGGAGGUGUGAGGUGUGCUGUGUGGACCAGGUGAGGUGGUGGGACGAGAAGACAGGUGGGGGGAGAGUAUUCCCUUGGGGUGGGACUCAUGGUUUCAGGUCAGAGAAUCCUGUUGAAGGAGGGGAGAGAGGUACCCCAGGUGAGCAGACCCACACUCUAAGUGAUGGGAGUGCCUGGAAUAGGUAAAAAGGACCAUGUUUGUUCAGGUAAGAGGAAGCCUUGGCUCCUAGCCAAAGAACAGCGUAACUCUGUGUGGUGUGAAGACAAGUGAUUCCCAGCCCCCAGGGACAUAGCUUCAAAAGCAAAAGGAUGUCUCUGGGUCUUAAACCCUGCAGGAGGGUCUGCCAAACAGGGCCAGGACCCAGAAGGGGCCCUCACGUCAUUUCACCACCUUCUCUAGACUGGAAGCCCUCAUCCUGUGAUCCAGCCCUUAGCAGGGACCCUCCCGGCUGAGAGCAUCAGAUAGUCUCUGAGAUUCCGGGCCUAUCCCUGAGCUGGCAAACCUGCUAGGAAACUCUGUUUCUUAAGGCUAAGACAACCUGACAGCCCUCCCUCCCGCCCUUACCCUUUCUGGGGCAAUUAAACUGUAGAAUCAGAGAGGGGGUUAGGGGAAGGAUGCCAGCUGCAGAGUGAUCCCAGCCAUCUGAGCUGUCUCACUUCAGCUCUUCUCCUUCUGGAGACCAGGGUGAUUCUGCUCACCUAACAUGCCGGGGUGGUCAACACAGCCCAUGUCUGGCACUGGGAGGGGCGGGGCUCCCUCCCCCAGCAGUCAGUCCUCAGAGGGCUGAGAGCUCAGGUCUGUGGUGGUGGAGAAAUACGAAGUCCUAUUGAUUGCCUCUCCUCUAGCCUUGUAGAGUUACCCCAGAGAAGUAUUUAUGAGGGUGAUAACCAGCCCAGGAUUGAUUUCUUUCCCAAAGUCCCACGUGAUAUGAUUGAGCAGUAAGGAACGGCUGCAUCGCACAGUCAGCUAAAAGCUCCCUGGGGAGAAGAGUGUUUAUAAUGAUGUUAUUUAUCUCUGGAUGCUGAGAAUGGCCCGAUAUUAGUGCUACCACGGUGAUCCAUUGACAUUUGUCCAAUCAGAGCGUAUAGAGCCCAGAGCUGGGUGCAGGCACGUGAGGAAGCCGUGGUGGGUGACACUUACCGUGAGGAAAAACAGGCUUCAUUUUCUUCCCAUCAGCACUUUGGGGUCGAGGGAGUCCUGCGCUGGAUGGUUAAUUUUUUCAUAUAUAUUUCUCUAUUUUUUUAAACAAAUUCUGGUCUCACUGCCUUAUCCCACCCACACUCAAGUCUUUUUGUUUGUUUGUUUCCCUGAAAUGACCUGCCUUCUGGGGUAUACCAUGGGUGUCUUCUCGGGCAGCUUUGCUUAGAAUGGAUGUCAGGGAGAGGAGAGAGAGGGUGUGUGUGUGUGUGUGUGUGUAUAUGUGUGCGCGCGCGUGUGUGCGUGUGUCAGAGAGAAAGAGAAUAAGACAGCAGGUGCCUCUCUGAGGGAAAGAUACUCUGCUUAUAAAAAAAAAAAGGAAUCUUAACACCUCAUGGUGUUAUUCCUCACCAGGUUAUGUUAUUUUUUAAAAUCUCCUACCCUUGGC